GGUUAGAGGGAGAUUAACGCAGGCCUAUAAAGCUGUGUAAUCCGCUCAAAUUCAGAGCGUCAACUCCUCCACAAACAGCGUCUGUGCUCACACAGUGUCGGCGCGUUUCGGAGCCACAGGGAGCCACAGAACCAGAGCGACGAGGGUCGAGCGGCGAACCGACUUGGUGCAAAACAGGCGAAAGAAACGUGACAGGAGGCCGAACCCGUCCUCAGCGUCAGCAGCUGGAAGGAGCUCGAAGGGAGAAUCAUGAAAAAAUCAAAGCAGGUGGGGAAUGAGAAUGAGCCUCCCAGCUACCAGGAAGCAACUGCAGGCUAUCCUGAGAUGGAGGCCCAGUUUGCCUGGGAUGAUAAGACCAUCAGGAGGACUUUCAUCAGAAAGGUUUACGCCAUCCUCAUGCUCCAGCUGUCUGUGACUGUCGGGAUUGUUUGUCUCUUCACGUUUUGCGCGCCCGUGAGGUUUUACAUCCAGACCAACCCCAGCCUGUACAUGGCAUCUUACAUUAUGUUUUUUGCAACCUACAUUGCUCUGUCCUGCUGCGGAGAUCUGAGGAGGCAGUUUCCCUGGAACAUUACUCUUUUAGUUCUUUUCACUUUGAGCAUGGCCUUCAUGAUGGGCUUUGUUUCAAGCUUUUACAACACCAAGUCGGUGAUGCUGUGUCUGGGAAUCACAGCUCUGGUGUGUCUGUCCGUCACUGUGUUCAGCUUCCAGAGCAAGAUUGACGUAACGUCCUGCCAGGGCGUGCUGUUCUCUCUGUGUAUGGCCAUGCUUCUCUGCGCUAUCACCAUCUCCAUCGUCGUCCCCUUCGGAUACGUUCCCUGGUUACACGCCAUCUAUGCAGUGAUAGGAGCCAUCCUCUUCACUCUGUUUUUAGCUUUUGACACACAGCUGCUCCUGGGAAACAAGCGCUACGCCAUCAGUCCAGAGGAAUACGUUUUCGCCACACUCAGCCUCUACCUGGACAUCAUCUACCUGUUCAGCUUCCUGCUGCAGCUCUCGGGAUCCGGUCGGGAUUGAAGCGUGUGGCGUUGAAAACCUGCAGCCCAGAGUCCAUUCCCAGCAGCAGGAUAACAAAUCAGGGAUAUCCGGAUCCUCGGAUCAGAUUCCUGACCAGUCUAUUGCCUCUUCAUGUAGCCCCAGCAUCACCGCCCUGCUGCUGGUUCAUACUGUACGACACGCAUCACCUGAGGGAAGUGGUUUAUAUUUGUUCAGUGCUCUCUGACCCUUUGUGUUUAAAUGUUCGGGAAUCGUUGUGUACAAUCAGAGCAAUCAGCGCUGACUCACUGGCUCCAUUUCCGUUUAAAUACCACUAAGCCAGUGGCUGAGAUUCAGCAAAUCUGCUCUGAUGUUCUGCUCUUUUGGAUUCAGCUGAUUUUAUUUUACAACUUAUUUUGAAAGGAGCAUGCAGAUGACCUUCUGUACCUGUAUUAGCAUUAGAUGCCGUUCUCUGUACACUAUUAAUUUAUGGUUGAAAUUUGGUCGGAGAAACAUCAACCACAAGGGAUUGUGUGUAGCAUGUUGCAGUGCUUUUAACUGGUAAGAUCUGUUUCAAUAUAAACUAUUAAUUGAAGUUAAAUGUGGCCUUUUAGGUGUGAUAGAAAUAUAUUUUUCUCUCUCAGAUUAAUGACUUGCGUAAGAAUGAAGACGGUUUAAUGUGAAUCAAAACGUGGAAAGCAACUGUUUUAUUUAAUUUUUUUUUUACAAACUAAAAGCUUUGUGUAGAUGCUCCGACUCUACCAAAAACUGACUCGUGACAUACGCUGUAUGGUUUGUGUGAACAAUAAAAAAGUGAAAACCAAA